AGUAUGAAUAUAGGCGAAGCUGGAAAUCACCUAACAUAAGUUACCUGUACUGGAGUCCUAACAAUAAUGGGCAGGUCACACGGAACUAAUAAGUACCAACUACUGGGACGUGCAAAACCGACAGGUAAAAACAAACGAAGACACAGCAAGAUAUUCGACAGGAGGCCUAGCAUUAUGACGAAGCAGGCAGUCGCCCGGAACAUUGGAAUCAUUGGAACUGGCAACUUCGCACGUGCGUUAGCAAAUCGGUUAUUCUAUGCUGGAUACAACGUCAUCGUCGGUAGCCGGAAGCCUGAUGACCGGACGUUGGCAUUUGUCGACGAGUGUAUGUGUAACAUCAAUAUCACUACGAUUGAAGACUGUCUCAAACGUAAUUCCAUCAUCUUUGUUGCAGUCCACGCCGCAAACUACAAAGAUUGUCUAUCCGCCCACACAGAAAACGUACACGGCAAAAUUCUAAUAGACGUGUCCAACCGAGACCAUCCUAGUAAAACCGACAGCAAUGCGGAGUAUCUCAGCCGGCUGGUCCCGGCCGCCGUCGUGGUGAAGGGUUUUAACGUCAUUUCGGCCUACGCCAUGGAGAUUGACAGCAGCGGUGGCAGCCGACAGGUGUUCAUUGCCAGCGACAACAAUGAAUCGCGGGAAAAGGUAUCGGUGAUAGCUCGUGACAUGGGAUUUUCACCCGUUGACAUGGGUCUAUUACAGUCGUCGAGAAAGAUCGAAGCGUUUCCGUUAAAGCUUUUGCCUGCAUGGAGGGGGCCGAUAGCGUUCGCGAUUGGUGUUUUUAACAUCUGGCUUUUGUAUAUCAUUUUUAUUUACUUUGUCGAAAAGACGGCUUACCGUUGGGAUCAAAUCUUUGUGAAGGUGCUGAACAAACCGCUGUGUAUGACUGCAAUAACUCUGAUAUCCUGUACCUACUUACCUAGCUCUGUGGCUUCGUUUUUUCAGAUCUAUUACGGAACUAAGCACAUUCGUUUUCCGGCAUGGCUCGACCGCUGGUUAAAAACACGUAAGCAGCUCGGGCUAGUGGCCUUUACUUUGGUGGUAGUGCACGUGAUCAUGUCCGUCCUUAUCAUGAGUCCGACAUACUUGAGUUCAUGGUAUCAAUCAACGUCCCUGACAAUUCCGGGCAAUCUUACCCACGACAUUCAAGUGCCUAUCAAGACGUGGAUGGUGUGGAAAGGGGAGGCAGCAUGUCUCACAGGAAUUCUCGCAUUUAUCUCAAUGUGUUUAAUUGCCAUCUCCACCAUACCAUCCGUGACUGACACACUCAACUGGCGGGAGUGGAGAUUCGUCCAAUCAAAACUCGGACAUCUCACCUUGAUACUGUCACUUGGUCACGUGGUAAUAAUGGGAGCUCCUGGUUGGUCAAAAGGACCCGUUGCAAUGGUUCGAUCAAUCACGUUUUUGAGUUCUGUUCUACCGUUUUUGACACUUCUGUUCAAACUUGUGCUUAGCCUUCCGUGCAUAAGUUGUUACGUAAAGAAAAUACGUCGCGGUUGGGAGCGAUGCCCCGCCGAUUGUAGAGCAGAAUGUGCUCCACGGAAUAGAAAAUCAUUCACCCCAGGAUACGUGAUCGUACCGCGAAACAAUGAUUCUGAUAAAGGUUCAAAUGACGUCAUGAUUCCAAUUGAGGAAGGAACAGGCUGUGCUUGUGAAAAUACAUCAACUGUGUGAUAACCGCGGGAAAACGUGUGUUUAUUAAGUACAUUAGCAUUGAUAUGUUCUCGUCUCUAUGUGUGUAUGUUUAUUUAUAUCUGUUCUGUUUAAUGUUUUGUUUUCUGUAGUGUAAUAAAUUUAGUGUUACAAGAAUAAAGUGCUUUUCACGAAA